UCAUAGACGGAUUUAUUUCUAAUAUCAGAUAUCACAUCGCAUAUCUAAUUACCGAAUUGGCAAAUAAUAACUAUAAGUCUGAUGUGUUUAUUUCUGAGUAUGCUGAUAAAAAUAGUUGCAAAAACAAAAAAAAAUUUUCCUGCUACACUUCUAUUCAACAAAAUGGAUAAUCAAGAUCUAGAAAAGAGUCCUAAAACUUCAACCGAAUUCACAAACGACCCUCCUCCAGCUCUUCCCCAAUCGCAUCUUCCUUUACUCAACUAUACCUUCAUUGAAAAUAUUUCCAGUUUACUCAUAAUCAUAUCCAGCAUUGUUUAUUUCAGCGGCAAUUACUCAAUAUUCAAAUUUAAAGUUAAUGUUAAUUCCAGCUACUCCCAGAACAUAAUCCUGAUAGUUCAAGAGGGGUUGAAAUUCAUAACCUACCUAUCCAAUGACUUAAACGUGUAUGUCGAUGAAACGAUAUCUGAUUCCAAUUUACAGCAAAUUGAUUCCUGUUAUGACAAUAAUCUCUAUCAAUUUAACAUUUGGGGAUUUUGUCGCUACGAUCAGUUUGGAGGAGUUGUCAACUGUUAUAAAGGACAAGGUUUGAAUAUGAUUGCUUGUUUCAUCCAGGAUUUCGGCAUGCAAUUGGGAAAUUUGACUAACCAACCUGAUCCGCAGGCGGUAUCUUCCCGGUUCGUUGAUGUGUACUAUAAAUCAAUUCAACAGUUGUGUGUUGAUACUCCAACAAAAUUACAAGAUUACCAACUGCAGAUAUGUAAGUUACAAGCGUACAAUAUUGGUGGAUUGUUUGUCCAACAAGUGGCAGUGUUCCAUUAUGGGUGUUUGGUGGUAUUGUUUAUUCUCGGAGUUGCCGAACAGGUAUUUGUGCUGAAGUACGGGUUUCAUAGACUCAGGUUAAAUACAAGAUUGGCAGCAAAAAUAGUCUGGCUAUUCUUGUGUUUUAUGUCGGCUCAUUUGAUCUAUAUUAUCAAUUCAACCAUGCAACUUCCCAUUGGAUACUUGUUGCAGAAUUAUCCCGUAGGGAUUUUAUAUUUUGAAGAUUGGAAGUUUGUGUUGUGGAACGUUAUAUUUCUUGUUAAUACUGUGAUUGGUAUAUAUGUUGGUGCCAAGAAAAGGAAGAUCGAAAGAGAUUAUUUAUAA